AAAAAGUAAGAGCCCUAAUUACUGCAAAUCUCUCUUUUACCCGCUUUUUCUGUUUUGGUUGCUCAUCAGAGGUCGCUUUACCGGUGGCUGAGUAGCCUUCUGUUGGGGCAGCUAAUCUUGGUCGGUGGUGUGGGCAUCACCGUCGAUUUGAAAUUUUCGAAUCAGGUCGUUCCAUUGGAGAAAUUCUGGUAAAUUAUGCUCAAAAGAAAGGCGGAUCAAGAUGAUCCCAGUCCAUGGCGACGCGAAGAGAAGAUAGUACCUUACACUCCUGAAGAGUGGGAUUGCAUGAAGCAUACUUUGAAGCAAUACAAGUUUGCUGCAUACAAUGAAAACCAACACUUGGAUAUUUACACCAAAAGAGCUGCAUUGAAAGCUGCUCCAUUCGUUGUUUCUCUUGUUGCUUAUAUAGGUGAAGAGAUGCUAUAUCAGAGUUCUGGAACUAUUAUUGAAAGUGAUGAUGUGAGCAGUGUUAUUCUAACUUCUGCUAAUCUCAUUACGUGUCCUCCCACUAAAACUUUAACUCCGGAUAAUAUUAAGGUUUUGGUGUACCUUAAAGAUGGGAGAUCGUUUCAUGGUGAAGUCUUAACAUUUAAUCCUCAUUAUAACAUUGCUGCCAUAAGAAUUCAAUCAAAUGCUCAUCUACCAACUGCAUCAAUGAGACACUUAGAUGAUUCCAUAACGAUUGAUUCAAGUCAGCUUCAUUUCCCUGAAGAAAAAACAUUUCAGCUUCGGCCACAUUCAAAUUCUUAUAAUCUUCUUCCUGGAGAUAGACUUUUUGCCAUUGGACGUUAUUUCGUGAAGCCUUAUGACAUCAUGAUUGCUCCUGGUGAAUUUUGUCUUGGUCGCUGUGAUUAUGACUGCAAGGAGCUUUUUAGGGCGUCUUGCAAUAUCUCUAGAUGUGGUAUUGGAGGGCCACUUAUCAACUAUAACGGAGAAGUCGUUGGAAUCUGCUUUUAUAAUUGCUCUUGUACUCCUUUUUUGCCUAUCAAUGUUGUGUCUAAGUGGUGGAACCAAUACAAGACAAAUGGGAUAACUCGUCAGCCAUAUCUUGGAAUUGAAUUGACCAACCUAUAUGCUGCCAAACUCUAUGUUAUGGAGGAGAUCAUUCAAAAGUUCCCCAACAUCUGUAAGGGCGUAAUCGUUGAAGAGGUUAUACCAGGCUCUGUUGCUGAUCUAGCUGGGAUAAGACCAAAAGAUGUUAUAAUCGAGUUUGGUGGGAAAACUGUGCAUGGUUUCUUGGAGUUAAUUGAACUUAUGUGGGAUAAAGUUGGGGAUUCAGUAGAGCUGGUUGUACUACGAGCAAGUGAUGGUUCUUCUUUGAAGCUUAGCAUGUUGGUUGAGGAGGCCACACCAGAUAAAUCAUAUAGCUGGCCACUUUGGGAAAAUGCACGGUAAAAUGCUGGAGGAUACAUUGUCAAUUAUGAGUACAUAUAAGAUUGGCAUGUCAUAUAUGAGGCUGGAAAAACAUUUUGGUAGUAGGUUCAGAUAGUUUUUGGAAGUUUUAUUAUUGUUGAUAGAAGUGGAAGAAUGAUAGCGGGUGGUAAGGAGGUUAUUGAAAAUAGUUAAUUAUAUGUGGUAUAUUAUUUUUUCAAAAAUAUUUAUAUGUUUAUUAAUAUACAACUAUUGAAAACAUUGAUUCUAUCA